CUUGCCAUGUCACAAUUCUGCCGCUAGGGGGGGGGAGGUGGUGGGGGGUUCCCAACGUGUUCAGCAUCUUCAUCAUCAUCAGGCCGGGACAGUGAGGUCAUGGCUGCGCUGCUGCUGAGGACAAGUCGUGGCCUGGGCGCGUGUCUCCGCGUGGCCACCGGUUGCCCGUCGCCAUCAUCCUGUGUCGUGGCGGCAUGGUCGUCGGCGCGGUGGCCCCGGGAGGGUGCGGUGGCGUGGAGGACACACGCGCAGGUGCGGCACUACUCGUCCAGCGACAAGCUCUCCAUUGACAUGGAUGACAAGACCGGAGUGGCGGUCCUGAAACUGUCGAAUCCACCCGUCAACAGCCUGAGCCUGGAGCUGCUCACGGAGCUCGCCAUCGGCCUCGAUAAGCUGGAGAUGAACCCGAGCUGCCGCGGCGUCAUCAUGACCUCGGCACAUCCGCACAUCUUCUCGGCGGGCCUGGACGUGUCGGAGAUGAUGGGCAAGCCCACGGAGCACUAUCGCGAGUUCUGGCGCGCCGUGCAGGAGAUGUGGCUCAAGCUGUACGGCUCCAGCCUCGUCACCAUCGCCGCCAUCAACGGCUCGAGUCCAGCAGGCGGCUGCCUCAUGGCCAUGUGCUGCGAUUACCGCCUGAUGGCCGACAACCCCAAGUACUCCAUCGGCCUCAACGAGACGAAGCUCGGCAUCGUCGCGCCAUUCUGGUUUCGUGACACGAUGAUGGGCGUGGUGGGCACGCGCGUCACCGAGCGCUCGCUGCAGCUGGGCCUCAUGUACUCGCCCGCCGAGGCCGUGCACGUGGGGCUGGUGGACCGCACCGUGCCCGAGGAGACGGUCUUUGAGGAGGCGCGCACCGAGAUGGCUCGCUGGCUCAAGAUCCCAGACCACGCGCGGCAGAUCACCAAGUCCAUGAUGCGCAAGACGACCAUCGACCACCUACUGGCACAGCGUGAUUCGGACAUCUCAAACUUUGCGAACUUCAUCUCCAAGGAUUCCAUCCAGAAGUCGCUUACGGCCUACAUGCAGGCUCUCCGCCAGCCCAAGAAGUGAAGCGGAGGGAAAGGGGGCUGUGUGGUGCCCUCGGUAAGUGCGUGGAAUAAUUCUGCCCCCCCCCCCGCUCUCUGAUGUGGAGCUUUCUAUGAGACUCUGACAGCACCAGCACGAGGGGGUCUGCGGUUGUGGGGAUUGUCCUAAAAGUCUAGUCACAUGUAAUCCUGCUUCUCGGUAUUUAACUCUCAUCGUACUGUUUCCUCAAAAUACAACAAAAAAAUUGUUUCGCCUGCUUAAUUUACCCUCUUCCCACUCCCCUGCACUGAUCUUUGUAGAAAAUGCAGAGCAAUAACUAAGUUAUGCAUGAAAAACUGCAUAUAAAGCAAUAAUAAAUCUACCUAAGAAAAGUUUAGUUGUGUUGGAUGCUUUAGUUGGACAGCACCAUAUUAAUGUUUGUUAAUUGUUUCAUACCUUUGAGGUGUGCAGUAUUCUAUGGUUAGUUGAUAAUUACAGCAGGGUUGAAAGGACCUGUUUGCUAAAUGUGAGGCUGCUGAAUAUAUAAGAUGCAAAACAAACUGGUUUGGCUCAAAGCCUUGCUGUGGCCUUGCAGACGUGACGAUCCAUUACUCUCUUGUAUUUGUCUCUGUUUAUUAAACAGCCUUCCAUUUCAUUUAACACACUGCGAAUUUUCACAUAAGCUGUGCAUUGCACCAAAACAUCUAUCUGAGCCUGCAGAUGUGUGUAGGCUCUUAACAAGGGAACUGUGACUUGAAUUAACACUGGUUGUUGGGGAAUUUCGUACGUUUUAUGUAAAACCUCUCGUAUCCUGGAAAAAAAAUAUUUUAGUAAGCAGGCAGAGACAUUUACUAUCAAUGUUUGACAACUUUCAUUGUGAUGGUGUCUGUGUGCGAUUGCUGUCAAGUGAGAAGAAUUAUACUGUUUUAGGAGGGCUUUUAAUUCGAGUUUGAAAUGAACAUCACUUUGCCCUGUUGAGUGCGUUACACAAACUGGGUGGAGAUACGGGACAAUAAAAUUGUUUCAAAAAA